UAAAUUUGUAAUUUUUCCAAUUUCCCCAAGGGAUUUUCCUUCGCUUUUAAGUUUUCUUUUAAACAUUUUGCAACUAUAUAUAAACUAAAGGUGUUUUCACGGCCACAAUUACAAAAGAACUGACCACGCAAACCCAAAAAAAAAUUCAUAAACAAAAGACCAAAUCAAUUGCAUAACGGUAAAUCAAAUAUCAGUAAAGCGUAUAUACACUUUUGUGGUUAGUGUAUGUAUGGUAUUUAUGUAGCUUGUGAAGGUAGAAUUUAUUAAUAUACUUGAAACGAUAAGGUGUUUUCCCGUGCUUUGAGAAUGAGAUAAUGCUACAGACUGUGUCUUCUUGCGCGAGUAUCACAGCGAACCGAAGGAUGAACUCUAAAAAGACGGUUUAACUUAGAACAAUAGCUUAUAAAGGCGUUUCUUAUAUAAAGAUAACACGAAAUAUAUUGAAAUACUGAUAACAGAUGCAAUAAAUGGUUUUAUGUAUUCAAAAUUCCGCUUGAAGUAUGCAGUCGGGUUUUGGCAAUUGCUGCGUAAUGCCGAAUCCACGCAAGUAUACGGUUCUAGGCUGCUUGCUCUUCAUAUUGUUGCCGGUAAUAGCCUACGGCGAAAAUAACGGAGAAGAGACGUUAGCAAUUUAUUUAGAUGUUGGAAAUGAAAUUCAAAAUGUUAUUAGUUUAGUCAAUAAACACGAAACGAAGUUAAACGAUUUCGAUGAUAAAUUACUAAGACUGCAAAAUCUGCUAGCAAAACUCGAAAAACAAAUUUUCACAUUGGAGCUAAACUUGAAUACUGCUGAGAAGUUGAAUCAAAAAUUUCAGGUUUUCAACGCGAAGUUUGAACAGCGGCUCUCAUCAAUUGAAACGAAUUUAGCGUCUUCUAUGAAGAUACAAGAGGAAAACUUCAAAGCACUGUCUGACGAAAAUUCUCUACUGCAAGAGGAAUUCUUGUCCCAUAGGGACGAUUGUUGCCCCUUAAGACAUACCUUAAAUACAGAGAAUUUGAACAAAGCAUUAGCUUCACUUGCAAAUACCACACAGAGUUUGGCAAUAGUAACGUCUUCGGAAAAGCCGACAAUAGUUAGCACGCCACAAACAUUACGUGAUUGUGUUGAAGUGAAAAUGAUGCUUGGUUCACAGUAUAAAGACGGUGUUCACGAACUACACGUGCCAGGUUUUGACGCUUUCAGCGCAUAUUGCUUAACUAGAUGUUCACAAGAGGAUCAAAUUGACUGUUGCCCCUGGACUGUGAUACUACGUAAUGAGAACAGUGGCGUAGGUACAAUAUCUAACAGUUGUUUGGAGUAUAAAAAUGGGUUUGGUAGUGCGAGCCAUGACUACUUUGUCGGUUUAGAUCGUUUGCUUAAGAUGACCAAUCUCAAAAGGCAAACGUUGUUAGUUGCAAAAAGUUUCCAGUCAGACGAAUAUUUCAUCUACGAUGAUUUUAGCAUAAGAGAUGAGCGGAAUAAUUACGACGUUGAUAUUUUAGGAAACAGCUGGGGGCAUAAAAUUGGCGCAAAAUUUUUCUCAAACGCCAUAAAAUUAAAACAUGCCACUAGAGGUCAGUGCUACUUUUGGCCGUUUAAAACUCUCGGUCAUUUCAAUUUAUUUAACAGGCGCUUUUCCACUUACUAUUUUAUGGCGAUACGUCCCAAGAUAUGUCAGUGAACAUUCAUGGCAGAGUGGGUUGGAGGGUUGCAUAUGUAUCCACAACUUAGUAGGUUGUACGAAUCUGGCAGCUAUGUGGACAGCACUAAUAUUCGAAGGAUGAUGUCUAAAGCAUUAAGAAUAAAAUUAUUUUUCAAAAUACGAAA